AUGGAUUCAGUCAUGUAUAUCGCAUGUAUAUCUAAGACAUUAGCAAGAGGGCAUCUGAUACAGAAGUUCAUGCUAGCAUAUAUGAGGCAAGUAGUACUCAUGCAAACUUGGGAUAAGCUGCGUGAUAUUGCCAUCACUCAUCAUCGGUAUGACUAUUUAAUCUUGCCAGACGUCAAACUAAGACCUAAGUUAUUUUGUAAAGGAAGCGGGGUGAUGAGUACAGACACGUCUAAGAAAAAGUCUACUGAACUUGUGUGGAAAUGGCCCCGACAUUCAAGAAAGGGUGGUCCUUUUAGCCACCAAACUCCCGACUAUGGGCAGAAAAGGACAGCUGGCUAUCUCGUCUUAAAUCGCUCACUUUUGGCCAAAUAUAAAAACUACGGGUUAAGACGUGGAAAGGAAAUCGUCUAA